GGUUCCAGGUCUGUGCCAGGACGAUGGGCGCCGCGCUGGGCACUGGCGCACGGCUGACCUCACUGCCUCGCAUAGCCUGCGGCAGUCUUCGGCGCCAGGCACCCUCCGCGCCCGCCCUGGGCUGCCACUCCAAGUCUGGCCCGCCUCGCCCCAUACCCCUGAAGAAGCGCGGAUACGAUGUCACCAGGAACCCCCAUCUCAACAAGGGCAUGGCCUUUACACUCGAAGAAAGGCUUCAGCUCGGCAUCCACGGCCUGAUCCCCCCCUGCUUCCUCAGCCAGGAUGUCCAGCUCCUCCGCAUCAUGAGAUACUAUGAGAAUCAGCAGAGCGACCUGGACAAGUACAUCAUUCUCAUGACUCUCCAAGACCGCAAUGAGAAGCUUUUCUACCGGGUGCUGACCUCAGACGUAGAGAAGUUCAUGCCCAUUGUGUACACACCCACUGUGGGACUGGCCUGUCAGCACUAUGGCCUCACCUUCCGCCGACCUCGUGGGCUGUUUAUCACCAUUCAUGACAAAGGCCACAUUGCAACAAUGCUGAACUCUUGGCCAGAGGACAAUAUUAAGGCUGUGGUGGUGACUGAUGGAGAGCGCAUACUGGGUUUGGGAGACCUGGGCUGCUACGGCAUGGGCAUCCCUGUGGGCAAGCUGGCCCUGUACACAGCAUGCGGAGGGGUGAAUCCACAGCAGUGCCUUCCUGUCCUGCUAGAUGUCGGCACCAACAAUGAGGAGCUUCUCAGAGAUCCUCUGUACAUCGGCCUGAAACACCAACGUGUUCGUGGGAAGGAGUAUGAUGACCUGCUGGAUGAAUUCAUGCAGGCUGUGACAGAUAAGUUUGGAAUAAAUUGCCUCAUCCAGUUUGAAGACUUUGCCAAUGCCAAUGCCUUCCGUCUACUCAACAAAUACCGCAACAAGUACUGCAUGUUCAACGAUGACAUCCAAGGCACAGCCUCUGUUGCUGUGGCAGGGAUCCUGGCCGCUCUGAGAAUCACCAAGAACAGGCUGUCCAACCAUGUGUUCGUUUUCCAGGGUGCGGGAGAGGCAGCCAUGGGCAUCGCCCACCUCCUUGUCAUGGCCCUGGAAAAGGAAGGCAUACCCAAAACAGAGGCCAUAAGGAAGAUCUGGAUGGUGGACUCCAAGGGUCUGAUUGUCAAGGGUAGAAGCCACCUAAACCAUGAGAAGGAGAUGUUUGCCCAAGACCACCCUGAAGUCAGCUCCCUGGAGGAAGUAGUAAGGCUGGUGAAGCCCACAGCAAUUAUAGGUGUCGCUGCCAUCGCAGGAGCCUUCACGGAGCAGAUUCUGAGGGACAUGGCCUCCUUCCAUGAGCGCCCUAUCAUCUUUGCCCUGAGCAACCCCACCAGCAAGGCUGAGUGCACAGCUGAGAAGUGCUACCGGGUCACCGAGGGCCGAGGAAUAUUUGCCAGUGGAAGUCCUUUUAAGAGUGUGACUCUGGAAGAUGGCAGGACAUUCACUCCUGGUCAGGGAAACAAUGCCUAUGUGUUCCCUGGGGUAGCACUGGGUGUCAUCGCUGGUGGGAUCCGACACAUCCCAGAUGAAAUCUUCCUCCUAACAGCAGAGCAAAUUGCCCAAGAAGUCUCAGAGCAACACCUGUCACAGGGGAGAUUGUACCCACCACUCAGCACCAUCCGAGAUGUGUCUCUGAGAAUUGCAGUCAAGGUCCUCGACUAUGCAUACAAACACAACCUGGCCUCCUAUUAUCCAGAGCCCAAGGACAAGGAGGCUUUUAUAAAAUCUCUGAUCUACACUCCAGACUAUGACUCCUUCUCGCUAGAUACCUACAGCUGGCCUAAGGAAGCUAUGAGUGUUCAGAAGGUCUGAUGCCGUCUCCAGAGAUUGUUUGGGCUGAAUGAAGAAAUACAAUAUAAACAGGUUCCAAAAUGGCCAGUCAUGUCACCGUGGUUAUGUUUGUUGUUUGUUUUCUUUUGGGUUUUGUGGUAGAUGCUAAGGAAUACAGCCAUGAUGGCCUUGUUCCUGAAGGCCCUGGAGGCUCAUCCUCCUAUAACACUUUUUUGAAUUACUUUCUGAAUAUUUCUUUUACUAUUA